CCUUGGGGUGCUCUCCUCACCAUGUAAGGCUGCGGGAAGCCGGCGCUCGGGGCCCAGCGAAUUACGGGCGAGUGAUUUGUCGGUGCUGCCUGUGCCCUCACCACACAAACAAGCUCCCGAAGGAAGGAGGGUACAGACAGAGGAGGGGAAGGGAGGAAAAAGAAGCCAACAGGUUGAUCUGGAUUACAUCAACGGUUACACCCUCCUCCGCUUAAUGAACAUAGGAGAACAGGUGCCUGGAAUUCAUUAGCCAACCCACGAGCCGAGGAGACGGGAAUUACGCCGGCCAAACUCCUCGGCGUGCCACUGCUCUGCUUCCCUGUGCGGCGGCAGCAGCAAAGCUUCAUCUCCUCUUCAUCCCUCCCUUCCCCUUCCCUCGAGCUGAGCCAUGACCAACCCCUGCACAGCCUUCAGCAGCGGCUCCCUCUCCUCCUGGGAGCUGUCAGGGAAAGCAGGAGGCACAUCCCCGGAUCGCCUGGGCCGCUGCAGCCCCAAUGGCUUGGCCAGCAAUGGCUACAGGGACGGUGGAUACAGAUGCUCCUCUUACUCCUCCUUCUCCAUCGAUGGGAGACUUCUGGCCCCCGUGCACCUCGACAUCGACACGGACUUCCAAGCCAUGCGGCAGCAGGAGAAAGAGGACAUCAAGUCGCUCAACAACCAGUUUGUGACCCUCAUUGAGAAGGUCCAGUGCUUGGAGCAACAGAACAAGGUCCUGACGACAAGGUGGAACUUCCUGAAGGAUCAAGACAAUUCCCACUCGGAGUCAGACAUCAAGGCCAUCUACGAUCAGUACAUGAGCAAGAUGAAUCACGAGAUGAAGGCGCUCACCUAUGAGCAGGAAAACCUGGAGUCAGAGCUGACAAAGGUCCUGAGCACCAUGGAUAACUUCCGGAGCAAGUACGAGGAUGAAAUCCGCCUCUGCAGUGGCAUGGAAUACACCUUCAUGGAGCUCAAAAAGGAUUUGGAUGUGAGCACCUUGCACAGAACGGAGCUGGAGGUUAAACUCAAUGGGCUCCAAGAGCUGAUGGAACUGAAGAAGACCAUCUACGAGCAGGAACUGGAGGAGCUGCUGACAGAAAUCAAGGACAUCUCUGUUGUCCUGGGAAUUGACAACGCGUGCAAGCUGGACCUGAGCAGGAUUGUGGAAGAAGUGAGGGCCCAGUAUGAGGCUCUGGCUCUUCGGAGCUGGGAGGAGGCUGAAGCACUCACCAGGAGAAAGCUGAACGAAGGCAGCAUCCAGUCAGGCACCUACGGGGGUCACCUCCUGGACAGCCGCCGGGAGAUCGCAGACCUGAACAUCCAGAUCCAGAAGCUGAGGUCCUGCAUCGUGUCCCAAAAGAGCCAGUGCCUUUACUUAGAGGAGCACAUCAAAGAAGCGGGAGAGCAUGGCGAGAUGGCCCUCAAGGAUGCCAAAGCCAAACUGGUCAAGCUAGAAGAAGCCCUACAGAAGAGCAAGGAGGACAUGGCUCAUCUGGUGAAGGAGUAUCAGGAGCUGAUGAACAUCAAGCUAGCACUGGAUGUGGAGAUCCUAACUUACAGGAAGCUGAUGGAAGGGGAGGAGAGCAGCAUGGAGCAACCGAUACCCACAGUCAUCAGCAGCGUCCACUCCAGACCAAAGCACCUCUCUGCCAGCACCCUGAGAAACUCCAAGCUCUUUGCAAGAAAAGCAGGCAGCACCAACGGGGAGAUGAAGGCAAACGGAGGCAGCCCAAAGGCGCUGCCCCCCAGAAGCCACAGUGACGACCCAGUGACACCAGAAGCUGUCUCCAGCGGUGCCCAGCCAAAGCUCAGCUCCCUGCCCACCGAGGAGUGCUCCUAGGAGAACCAGAGCCCCCGCAUUACCACAGCACCCACCGGCACCUGGAGCCCCACGAGGCCAAAGCACUUUCUCCUGAACUCAAGCCAACAGCCGAGGGGCAGAGGAUGGGAAUCCACCCCAAGCUGCCUCCACUGUCUUCCCAACACCCCAGUUCACAUCUCUGUUACCUACACGCAGAAACCAAGCCAGGAUUUGAAAGACUCCCCCAUUCAGACACUCCCACCGCCAUCCUCCUCUCCAGGUGUGUCACCCCAGAGGAUCUGCACUCACAGCCUUUGGGAUGUGCCUAUCGGACACUUGGCAGGAGGGGGAAGUAUUCUCACAGCAGCUUGUAACCCAGCCGCCACCAGCCCAGCCAUUCUACCAGCAUCCCUAAAUCCUUCUGCCUGCUCCAGCCCUGCCCUGUGUGUGUCUGAGGUGUUCAGGGAGGUGGCUUUCAGAGGAAGGCAGCUUUGGGCUUUCCCCAUCAGCUGAUGGGGAGAUGCAGGCGAACAGCCUGAGCCAUGGGUAUGUGAUACUUGGAUUUGCAGAAUUGGUGACAAACACGCUGGUUGCACUGAGGGAUGCUUGGCCGCAGCAUUUAAGUGGUUAUACUGCCUUUGGGGUGGCCUCUCACUCCUCCCCAUGCCACCAAAGCUAAAGCUCCUCGAACCUUUUAGUUUCAUAAGACACCUCUCUCU